AUGUCAAACACUCUCUUUCAAAGAAAUAGCAAUACUAAUAUUUUUUAAACAAGCAUACCUAAUUCUAAUUCCUGGACUAUACCUUAGUAUAUUAUUUUCUCAUUUUAAGAACAUAAAGAAAACGUGAUGUCCAAGGUUCAUAUAGAGCCAAAUUUGAAUAAAUCAAAAUUCAGGUUGUGGAUGACAAAAAUGUAUUAUCUACUUCAAUUAUCUUUUAACCUUAAUAUGAAAAAAUGGUAAUCUUACCUAUUAAUUCUAGACAAUAAUAAUGAUAAGAUUAGAGGAUUAUUAUUUGAUUAGAGCUUAAUAAAUAGAUGAUUAUCAUAUAACUAUUAUCCAAAAUGCAAUUCAUUAAAAAAGAUUUAAUUCUUCUAUAAUUUCCAAAGUGGCUGGUUAAGGUAAAUCUACAUUCUACAUUAGUUAUCAAAGUACCUGUAUUUCAAAUAUAAAAAAGUGCUAAUUCAAUAUGGGAAUCCAAUAAUCAAUCUUAAUUAUAACAAAAUAUAUUUAAUACAACUAGUUCCUCUUUCAAUGAUAAUAGAUAAUAAAAUAAUUUUUUUAGUUCAAUUAACAACUAAAAUAAUUAGUAAUAAAAGUAAUUUGAAAAUAUAUUUAAUACUGCUCCAACCAAUACUAAUUCAUUCAAUAUAUUCUCUAAUUCUAGAUAAGAUUAAUUAUAAUCAAAUAUUUUCAACUAAAAUGUUUUUAAUAAUAAUAACAAAUCUCAAUCAGAAUACAAUAAUUAUUAAUCAAAAGAAUAAAAUCUUCCUUGGAUGUAAUAAACAUAGAAUAUAUUUUAAUAAAACAAACCCUAAUUACAAAUUUAAAUUCCUAAUUAAUAAUCAUUUAAUUCAAAUAAUGAUGUUAUCUAAUUUAAUAAUAAUCAAUCUAUUAAUUCAAUAUUUUCUUAACCAUAAUAAUUAUAAUUAUAAUAAAUGAAUAAUAUAUAAUCACCAUUUUUCUAAUAAUAAUAAUAAUAAUAAUUAUUAUUUUAUUAAUAAUAAUAAUAAUAAUCAUAAUUUUAAUAAUAAUUGUAAAUGAUUCCUUUACAGAUGUCUUAAUAACUAUAUCAACCAUUUUAAAAUAUAAAUAACAUCAAUUUGUUAUCUAAUGAUUUACAAAUGAUAUCAUAUUAAAAUUAAAUGAAUCCUAUUUAAUUUAUUAAAUAAUCAGUAGAUAUGAUAAACACUUUCACAACCACAUUAAAUAACUCUAUCUAAGAAAUGGAGAAAUUGUAUAAAUUAGAAGAAGAUAAAUAUUUAGAAUAAGAAUACCUUAUUAAUUAACUUGAAUAAAAAAAAAGAAUUGAAAGAUUAAAAAAAUAAUAAGAAAUCAAUUUAUUACCUAAAAAGAAAAAUGAUUCACAAAAUCUCUUUAGAAUCAUUCCCUCAUCUAAUAAUAUUACUAUACCCAUUAGUUAAAAAAGUUCAAGAAUUAGCAUAUAAUAAUAAUAAUAAGUUAAUUGUGGUAAUAAUGUAAGCAAAAUUUCAUAAAAAUCAAUCAAGACUAAAAAAGAAUAUAUUAUUGAAAUCUAUUUUGAAGAAAGUGAAAAUUUUAUCACAUUCAAUGAAGAAUUUAAAGAUAUUAAAUCAAAAAAUGAUUUUAAAGAACAAAUUCUUUAAAAAAUUGAUUUAAUGUAAGUCUUUAAAAAUGAUAAAGCUGCUUAUUUUGCAAAUAGUGAAUUUAUUAUAGAUGAAAACAAUAAUUAAGAUAAUCAUUAAACUUUAUCAUUUCGAAUAUAAUAAACUUAUAGGCCUAUCUUAACAAAAUAAGGAUAUUACACAUUACCUGAUAUCAAUUAAUUAACUAUCAAUCAAUUAAAACAUGUUGAAGAUUUCACAAUUUAUAAUGAAUUUGGAUCAUUGAGAUGGGAUACUCCAACAAAUUUAUUAUAUUUAAAUUUAGAUAGAAUAGUUGAUAUAUAAGAUUCCAAGGUAGAAGUAUAUGAUUUAGAUCAAAUUCAUGAAUAUCUGAAACCAAAAGUUAAUAAGAAAUUAAAUAAAUCAUGUUUAAUUACUUUGAAGGUUCCAGUCCCAAUUAAUCAAGAGAAUUAUGAAAAGGAACAUAAAUUUCUAUAAUAAAAAUGCAAAGAAUAAAAUAUUGAAUUAGUAGAAAUAGAUUAAAUAAAAUAAUAAUUUGUAGUUAGAGUUGAUCAUUUCUCCAUUUAUACAUUUGUACAUGAUGAAAAUGAAGAAUAACAAUAAUAAUAAUAAUAAUAAACAUCAAAUUAAAAUAAUAAUUAAUAAUAAUAAUUAAUUGAUAACACAGAGAAUAUUAAAAAUUUAGAAUUUUAUGAGAAUCAUGCACUAUUCUUACAAUAAGUUAAUGAAAUUAGUAGUUUAACAAAAUAAUCUACUAAUUUAAAGAUUAAAAAAAUUAAUUAAACAAAAAGAUAAAAUAUAGAACUAGUGUAAGAUUUCUAGAUUUGUGUAAAUAAUAAAGAAAUAAUUAAUAUUGAUUAUCAGAUAUGUCAAUUUUUCAUGUAAGGAUUUGAAAUUUAAAAAGAAAGUCCUAUAGAAAAUAUAUUUUGUAUCAAAUUAUUGAAAUGUUUAUUCACAUUAAGAAAAGAUAUAUAAUCUAAUUUAGUUAUUAAUGAAAAGAGAUUACUAGGAUAGAGAUUGUAGUAUUAUAAUAUAUUAUUUGGGAAUUCACUUAUACAACUUCAGGAUUAUAUUGAAUUUUUGGAAUAACAUCCUGGUUAAUUUGAUUUUUCAGAUAUAGAAUAAUUUUAGAGACCUAAUUAAUUUUAAUAAGGAUUAAGUUUAGUUUUAUAUUUAGAAUAAAUUUUAGCCUCUAGAAUAAAAGACUAAACUGAUAGUUCAUACACAGAAAAAGUAAUAAAAGAAAUAAAGAAUAAAAAUAUUUUAAAUUAAACUUAGAAAUAAUAAUAAAUUUUAUAAUUUUUAUCUUCUCUACCUUCACAAGAGAUUAAUUUACCCUUUAAAGUGGAUGAUUGGAUUAGUAUGAUAUUUGAAUGGAAAGUUUAACAAAAUGCUGUCUAAUAUUCAUAAGAAUGGUGGUUAGGUUUAUUAAAUUUAUUGGAGUAAUGUGAAAUUUAAUCUACUGAAUUAGCUUCACUCAUGUACUUUUUAUAUUCAAAGUUUAAUCGAUCUUUAGAGAAAAUCUAUAAUUAUUUAAAUUAAAAUCAUAAUUAAAUGUCUUUAUUUUUAGAAAUAUUAAUUUAUAAUUAUGAUAAAGCUAAUAUAAAAAUACAUAAAAGAAUUAUCACAAAUAAAUUAACAUUUUUAAUAGAAAAUAAAGAAAGUAGUGAGUUUAUUUUGUAAAUCUUAGAAUAAUUUUAAGAUUUAUUUAGUUUAAGUGAAAUACAAAAAUAUAAAGGAUCAAUAGCAAAAAUGCAAAAUACAUUAUUUUACUUAAAUAGUUUUGAAAUAAUAAUUGAUGAAGAAGUUUAUUUAUAAAAAUUAAUUGAUCAAUAAGAUUUUAUAAAUUUAGGAAAUUAUAUAUUAUAGUUAAAUUCCCCUAAAUUUCAAAAAUAUGUUAAAUUUUUAUUUGAAUUCACAAUUCCAAUUUUAAUAAUAUUUGGAGAAAUUAAACUACUGGAAAGUAUCAACAAGAAAUUAAAGCACAAAAAAGACAUUUAUUAAAUGAAAAAAAGAGAAAAACAAAUAUUAGAUAUGAGUGAAGUAAUAUAUUAAGUUUAUAGUUUUAGGUAUUCUGUGGAACUAUGAUAUAUGAAAGUCAAAUUUUUUAAGAUUUUGAAUCAAAAAAUGUUUUUGAAUACUAAAUGUUAUAAGUGUUAAAUGAUUAUUAUUUUACAUGA